AUGGCCGCUCCUCGUUCAUCCUCGCUGCGUGCCUUGCGCCAGCUCUCCAGCCAACACUCUGCUCUCCCUGCCCGCCGUUGUCUGCACAUCACCGGAGUCCAGUCCGCUCAACCCGCCAAUCCCGCCGACAAGGCCUCUCUCUACGCUGCUCGCACCCUGCCUGACCUGAAGCUCGAGUGCCAACGUCGUUCGAUCCGUGCUGCUGGCAGCAAGUCCGAGCUCGUCGAACGCCUCUCCAAUCAUGAUAUCCUCCAGACCCGUGCUUUCAGCAUCGCCAUGCGCCGCAUUAACCCCAAUGCCUUCGCUGAAACCCGCCAAUUCAACACCUCCCGCUCCUCAUCAGCCGUCGGCGACUCCUCCACCGUCGACUUCGUCUACAUGCCCACAAUGUCCGACAUGGACGCCACGACGAUCCGUCGCUCAUCCCCCCAAAUCCCGGUCCUUCCCGACAUGCACUCCAUCCAACAGCCAUCCACAAUCCCCACCUCUUCACCCAUGAAGCCCCAGAUCUACACGGUCUCCGGUUCCGGCGCUGACGUCGCCGCCAGCGCCAUGUCUGAGGUUGUUGAUAACGUCGCCGUUGACCUCGACCCGUUCUCCUUGACCGAGGCUGUCGGCCGCUCGCGCGUCGGUGAGGAAAUCCAACGCACCCGCAAUGGCGGUCCCGCCAAACCCGGUGUUGUUUCAGAACUUUGGGCCGGAUUCCUGGAUGAUGCCUUUGGUCCCAAGGAGCCGGCCAGGAAAUAA